AUGGAUGAAAGAAUCACAGAAUAUUGCAACAGCAAAAGGAGCAAAGAGUUUGAAGUGAUGGACACUGGAUCAGGUCAUCAUUUAUUACAACCUAUUGAAGAAGAAAGAAAAGGCUCCGAUAAAAAUAUAUCGUCAUGUUCUUCGUCUUUGAGAUUUAUCUCAUUUGGUAAUUUUCCAAUUAGUUCAUCAAGUGAUCACAUUAAUGGUUUUGAAGAAACUGUGGACAAGAUGGAUGAGUUAGAGACUUUAGGUUCUCAGAGUGCAAAGUUUUACUAUGAGACAUCAUCAUCUUCAAGUUCAAGAAGAUCAGAGAGCAAACCUCCUCCUCCUCCUUCUUCUUCAUCAUCUUCUCAUGAUCAUGUUUUUGCUGAGAGGAAGAGGAGAGAAAAGCUUUCUAAGCUUUUCCUCAAUCUAUCAACAACCAUCCCUGCCAACAAGAAGAGUGACAAGGAUAGCCUUCUUGGAAACACUGUAAAUUACAUCAAAGAACUCCAAUCAAAGGUGAAGGCUUUAGAACAAGCCAUUGAAACACCUACUGAAUCAGCUCUUCUUGUUAAUAAGAAACCUCCAUUGAUGGACAUGAAUGAGAAUUCCAUGUUCUUAAAUGAAAGCUCCUCAAGAUCAGAACAAGUUCCUCUUAAGAUUGAAGCCAAGCUCAAUGGGAAGAGUGUUAUACUAAACAUACAGUGUGAGAACCACAAAGGACUAAUUGUGAAGGCAAUGUUAGAGAUUGAGAAGCUUCCCAUGACCAUCACCAACACUAGCAUCCUACCAUUCGGUGAUUCAUUGCUUGAUAUUGUUAUUAUGGCUCAAGUUGAUGAUGGAGUCUCUGUUAUGGUGAAGGAUCUUGUGGAGAACCUAAACUCAACAUUUUGCCAAAUCUUAUGGAGAUGUAGCUGA